AUGGUCGACCCCAUGCUGGAUCAGAUGACCAGGCUGAGGCUAAAGCUGCUGGAGAAGAGGGUGAGCAAUGAAAAGGAUCGUAUUGACAGAAUAACAGGAACAGCCCCCUCCGCAUGGAGUUUUGGUGACCACGAGAAUACCUUAUAUAAUGCUCUAAGAAGAAAGAAUGAUCUGCUUCAAGAACUGAAGGAGCAACAUCUAUUUGAAGACCUGAGCCAUCCACACACAUGGGGAGGGGCAAACAGAUGGCACAGAGGGGACUCCCUCCCAACUCCUUUACCUCUACACUUCUACCAACCCUCACCUGCUGUCCCCUUACUCCCACAAACCCCUCCUCAGGCUCCUCUCAUCCUCCAGCAGACGGUGCCGCGGCAGCCAGCGACCAUAAUCCAGCAACUGCCACAACAACAGCCCCUCAUAACGCAGAUCCCACCCCCACAGCCUUUCCCAGCCAGCAAAUCAGGGAGUAUCAAAGAAGAUAUGGUGGAGCUCAUGCUGAUGCAGAAUGCCCAGAUGCACCAGAUCAUUAUGCACAAUAUGAUGCUGAAGGCUAUCCCACCUCUGGCAUUCUCUUCAGUAGGGGGUGCUAGCCAAGCUACCCCAACUCACCAGUCCACUGCUUAUCAAGAAAAGUACCAAGUUGCCCCUAUUAUUCAUAGGGUGGAAAAAUGCAGAGGAAGUUCUGUUCAUCACCACCAUCACUACAGCCCUGCAGUAGCACCACCACUUCCUCUGGCUGGCUAUGCCAUGUGGUCCCAGGUGAUGCCAUUAGCUGGCCAGGAAGUGUCAUCUCAGCCAAGUGUACAUCACAUAAAGAGCCCCGUGACACUCCCACCUUUACACAUGUAA